UUAGUUUUUUAUAUUUUUAGAUGAACACUAAGGGUUAGUCAAACUAAAUUUUUUAAUUGUUUCCUCAUAAUACAUUAAAAUAAUUCAUUAAAAUAAUUUUUAUAUCAAAGCCAUAAGUAAGAUAGUUCAAAAGCUGUCAUGGUUUAAAUAUGACCCUUAAAAACAUAAAUAAAUAACAUAUGUCAAACAAUAGACUCCAGACCUCAGAUUUCAGAUAUAAUUGGCGUGGGCCAUGGGUGUGUCUUAAGACAGCUGUUACAGUGAUACCCAGUAGCUUUCGGCACAAGUUUUCGGUGAAUGCAUGGAUAUAAAUGAUAGACGAUAUCUUAAUUAGGUCUCUUAUUUUGCCCGCUACAUUGAUUGGCUCAAGAUUUUUGCAAGAUUCCUGCAAACUGAAUUUCAAGACGCAUUAAGUGAAUUACCAUUGACCUACCUAUAGGACAAGAAUGAUACUAUAAUUAGCAAUCGUCCCACCACAUCAGGCCGCUGUGUUUCUCGCCGGAUCUUCGUCGCGAUUCCGACCCGGUAGUAGUUUCAUUCGCGAAGCAGUUGCCCUUCAGUUGUUAGGUCUCCUUUGGAGGCGCUCGGGCAGCUGUUAGCAAAUCCUAUCCCUCCUGGCUGAACCUUCGCUCGCCCACAUGCCCCCGUGAUACUGGAAAGGCCUCCGAGCCACCAGUAAUCCCUCAUUCAUAAACAAAAAAACUUGUUGCGUUGUUCACAACUCCAGCUGGAACUUCAGUGUCCGGGAGCAGUCUUGAUCUGUCCUGAAAUUAUUAACUAACCAAGCUAGGGUUAAACCGUGUAUAUAAUCAAAGGGUUAAACAAAACGGUCUACUUGAUAAGCUAAUCAAUGUUAAAAUGUGUUAAUAGAUUUAACGACAAACUCGACGUCAUUGUCAUAAAACUCAGGGUUAUUAUACCCUACAAUUUCUUGUAAACAUACCUACAUAGCUUUGUAGAAAGUAAUUAUAUAAUACGUACGUUUAUCGAUUAUUUACAAAUGGAAUUACCUAGUCAAGUAUACAUUGAUUUUGAAAAAUAAACUCUACGUUUUGGAAAUAAGGACCUUCGUAAACAUACUUCGUACCGUACUUAUCUUCAUAAGUAUUUAUCAACAUUCCGAUAGAGUACGUCAAUAGCGUUGUUACUGCCAUUUUUAAUUUAUUUCGACUGUUAUCGUAAGUUUUAAUGAACUUCAGGUUAAGUAUCGUUAAAAACAGGCAAUUGCAACCAUACGAGCUCAAUGCGUAUAUCUCUUGAAUUAUAUGAGCAUGCGUGUUGGUUAAUGAUCGGGUCAAAUCUGAAAUAAAAUUAUAUCAUCUCGUUUUAUGGAAAUUAAUUCAAAAAAGCUUACAAACAUCUUAAUUAUUUACGACUAGCUUCAUAUUGUGAAAUUUGGUGUCAAAAGCUUAACAAAUCACAAUCAGUCUUUUGUAACAGCACACGGCAACACAACAUAAUCUAAUCAAAAUGAUAUCUUUCUACAAAAUCAGUAUUGAAUUAGCGAUUUUCACUUGACUCAUUAUACUUGAAGGCUCACGAUAACAGUGCGAGACGGACGGACAGUAAUCGGUCGUUCAAAAUGACCGCUUUGCUGAUAUUAUUCACAUUAUUUAUAAUUUUAUUGACCUACGCCUUCAAGCUUAAAGAUCGCAAACCGAUAUUUGGUAUCUACGCCGUACCGGGGAAGUGGUAUUAUUUAAAAUAUGUCGUUUUCGGAGCUCUUUAUUAUUACAGAAAGUAUUCAAGUAAGAAUUCGGCUGCCGGUAAUGAUGGUCGGGCCGGGCAAGGCGUUAAGGCCAUAGCCGAUCCAGCUGACAUGGAGCGAGCACAACCAUUGAGCGACCAUGCUAAGGCUUUCGAUGCCAUAUUCUUUAUAUCAUCGAAAAGUGAAAACGGAAAGGGCGUAUACAUCAUUAGCGGCUGCGAACAAAGACCGAUGGGAAUGUGCAACGGACUGUUUUAUAUCGGAUGCUCCCAGCUCCCAGGAAAAGGUCUUCUCUGCAGCAAGAAGAUACCGGACACAGUCCUUUUUGGAGCUGAAAUAGGAGAGUUCGGCGCUGAAGGGAUCAAGAUGACACCGGUUGAACCUAUGAAGAAGUGGAAUAUCUCUUACAAGGGACAGAUGUGGUACCAAAACAACCCCAGUAAGUUUGUCGAUGUGGACUUCACCGGAGAGUGGACAGCCACUACGAAAUACUUUGAUUUCGACACAGAUUUGUAUCCUGCGACCGUCAUCAGGUCAAUAGCCAAAGAAAAAUGGAGCAGAGAAUACUUUGAAUUGCUUAAAACAGCUCACCAGUCACACUACGAACAGUUCGGCAACUUAAAAUGCAAGUUCAAAAUAGGGGAAGAAUCAUUUGAAUACACUCUGCCUUCCUUCAGAGAUCAUAGUUUUGGCCAUAAACGUGACUGGACUCUUAUGUACCGAUAUGCUUUCCAUCAUAUCUUUUUGGAAGACGGCACCAGCAUCAGCGUUGGAGUCAUCUGCCAGCCAUCUACUGCUUCCGUGUUUGAAGCCGGUUGGAUAGCCUUGCCAAACAAAGAGUCAUAUCCCGUGAAAUGGGUGGAUUUGAAGUUAUACCAACACGGAGAAGGGGGGCAGGCUCCUAAGGACUACGCUUUCCAAUUCAAGGCUGGAGACGAAGAGUACACAGUUCAGGUCCUAGUGGAAUACGAAUCAAUCCACUACGUAUCCGACGAAUGGGAUGCUCGUAUGGUGGAGAGAUUCUGCAAGUUCACCGUCAACAACAUCCCGGGACGAGGCGUUUCGGAGUUCCACUACCGACAUACCGAUGGUCGGCCUGAAAGUGUUGCGAAAAACGAUCCGGAGUGGUACAGGAAAAUGUGUCACAAGAUUUAAAUAAAAUCCGCUUAAAGCUA